CCAGUAGCAAAAAUAAAUACACAGUCAUGGCAGGGCUCGAGGUGUUGUACUCUUAUGUCGCGAGCUCUAUAACAUCUUCUCAAGAUGCAGUUGUGUGUUUUAUCCACUGGGAAAUUGUGAAGAGAGGAUAUAAAUGUUUAGGAACCGGAGAUGUGCCUCAAAAUGGAGAGAAGAAAUCAGAGUUGCUUCCCGCAUCCUGGAACACAAACAAGGAACUGUACACAUUGAGAUACAGAUCAAAUGAUGACAAGUCCAGCCUCCUUUUGAAAGCCAUCACAGUUGAUUCCAGCUUGAUUUUCAACUUAAUGGAUUCAGCUACAGGCAAAGUCACAGACCUGACUGUAAAUGUCAGUGAUUAUGUAAAUGAAUCAAACCUACAGUCCUUUGAAAGUGUGUACAAGAACACAGAAGAUUUGGCUAAAAGGCUGAAGUCAUCACUGCUGCCUGCAUUGAAAGAAGAAGGACAUGUAAGGAAAAGAAAGGAGGAGAGAUUUACAGACACACAGCCCCAGCCAGCCUGUGAUCCCUUGCGCAUACCUCCCAGAGAUCCUCCUUCUAGAGUCCAACCAAACUGGAUGGACCCACUCAAUCCAUUUGCUGCAGGGAGGGCUGACCUUGAUCCCUUUGGUGGGACAUCAGGGGGCAUGAUUAUGGAUCCUUUACGAUCAGGCUUCCCUCGUUCUGGAUUUGACCCUUCAAGUGGCAUACCUGGAGUCCUCCCUCCGGGGGCUGUGCCCCCUGGUGCACGCUUUGACCCUUUUGGACCAGUUGGCAGAAACAGACCUGGGCCAGAUCCUGAUCAUCUGCCACCACCAGGCUAUGAUGACAUGUUCAUGUAAAAGAGCAUUAUUCACAUCCUGCUUCUCAUGGAAGACUUGCUGUUCCAGCAAUGUACUACAUUUCUCAUUUCUCUGCUUUCUCUAAUUUGCAUCUUUGCUACUGUUUAGGUUUUCUGGUAUGAUCUUGUAUUUAGUGUUUAUUCAAUGUUCUGCACAUGGGCAGUAUGUUCUUUUUGUUUAUUUUUUUUUUUAUUUAAAUUAAUAAACAGGGAGGUUGAUUACUACUCAACUAAAAAGUACAUUAAUUUCUUACAUUUUCAAACUUUCCUUGUCCCAAGUAAACUACAUUGAGACACCAAACAUGCAAAUAAGUAAAAUUCAUUUAAUAAUCUUUAUGGAGUAAUUAUAAUAACCUUGUAAAGGUAAUAUGCUUGCUAAUGUUAAUACUUUUUGGUACCAAAAUUUUAUUUUGUACUGUAAUUACUAUAAAAUACUAAAAUUAAAUUAUAUAAUUAUUGGUACUAGUAAUACAGUACACUGUAGCCCAGUUUUAGUCUGUGAAAAUUUUCUUUGAAUUAUACUUUUAGUAAAUGACUAGUUUACAUCAUAAUUGUAGUUCCUCACUGGCCACUUCAUUAGAUACACCUUGCUAGUACUGGAUCGCACUCCUUUUGCAUAAGAUAUGCACACAUUUACUACAAAGUUGAGUAGCGUACCUGAGUUAAAAAAAUACCAUAAAAAGCAGUAAUCAUUAUGUAAUUAUAUAAAAUCAAUAAUUAGCUUGACAACACUGUCUAUUCUCUGGUACAAUUUGUGUGUUUUUUAAUAAAAUACUACUUGCAUCUGC